GUGUGCGCCUCGCAGUGUUGAUUUAUAAGCGGGAAGAAGGUGCGUGGUGGGAGUGGCCUGCUUAUUCUACUACACCUUUCCCUGUUCUCCUCUGUUUUCCUCUGCUCAUUCUGUUCUUCUUCUCUGGUAGUUUCCAUUUCAUUAAUCACUUUAUCUAUUACAGAGAUUUUGUGUGAGAAAAUGUUUAAUUGGUUGCGAUAGAUACAAGAAUAUUGAAUAAGAGAGAGAGAGAGAGAGAGAGAGAGAGAGAGAGAGAGAGAGACCGAGACAGAGAGGGAUCAUGGGAAGGCAACCUUGCUGUGACAAAGUUGGAUUGAAGAAGGGGCCAUGGACUGCUGAAGAGGACAAGAAGCUCAUCAGCUUCAUCCUCACCAACGGCCACUGCUGCUGGAGAGCUGUUCCUAAGCUUGCAGGGCUAUUAAGGUGUGGGAAAAGUUGCAGGCUGAGAUGGACUAAUUACCUCAGACCAGACUUAAAGAGGGGCCUGUUAUCAGAAUACGAAGAGCAGAUGGUCAUUGAUCUCCAUGCUCAGCUUGGCAACAGAUGGUCCAAGAUUGCUUCUCAUCUCCCAGGCAGAACAGACAAUGAGAUCAAGAACCACUGGAACACCCACAUCAAGAAAAAGCUGAAGAAGAUGGGAAUUGAUCCUGUCACCCACAAGCCACUGCCCAGUAGCACUACCGCUGCUGACACUGCCCCAACCCAUCAACCUCAACACCCACAGGAACAACAACAAGAACAGAGCGAAACAGAGACCUCUGUUCAGUCAUCUAAUUACAUGAACACUGAUCAGAACAGAGAGGCAGGAGCUGAGACAACACUGGUGGAAACCCAAUUUGAUCAUUGCCCGUCAGUACUAGUAAUGGAGGAUACCAAUGGCUUCUGCACAGAUGAAGUUCCUCUGAUAGAACCCCAUGAGAUUCUCGUCCCCUGUGACCCUCCGUCUUCAUCAUCAACCUCUUCUUCUUCUUCAUCUUCUACCUCUGGUACAUCAACUUUCAUGGAGGAUUUGCAGUUUGCAGCUUUGAUGAACGAGUGGCCUUCUGAUUACAACACCAAAAACAACAGCAGCAGCAGCAACAUAGAUUUCUGGGACGAUGAUGACUUCAACAGUGCUUUGGAGUUGCUGAUUAAUGACAUUGAUUCUGACAGAAAGCAGCUCCCCUUCGAUCAUCCUCCUCUCUGUCAAUACCAAAGAAUGGGUUUGGAUCAAGAAUCUUGGAAGUUUGAGCUCAUGUGAUUUGAAAUUUUUUACCGAGGCAGCUUUAAGUUUCACAGAGAUCAAUAAUAAAUAAAUAAUAUUAUCAAUAAAAAAACAAACAUGAAAAUCGCCAUCUCUGUUUUUACUUUUACUUUAUUUUCUUUUUCAUCAUUUUCUCUAAAUAAGAACCAAAAAAAAAAUACAAAGAGAAUCAAGAACCUCUGUAUAUGGAUGGAUGAAUGGAGUUAUUUUGAGUUUGUUGGAUGUAAUUUUAUUUAAUUAUAAGAAGGAUUUGUAAA